AUGAUAUCAACAGUUUAACAUUACACACGCUUCAAGUAUCUCUGUAAGUUAUCGAUGCACCUUGACCAAAAAUUGUUUAAUACUUGGGACUACAAAUACAGUGGCGAUCGAUCGGUUUAACUGUUGUAUCAAUAGUUUUUUUGUUUACGCCGACCAUAGACUGUACCCAAAAGAGAAUUGAAAUCUGUUCUGUUCAAACGCAUAUCGUUUCAGUAAAGAUUUCAAGUUAUUAGUAGUAAUAUAAUGUCAGCACAUCAAGAUCGACCGGAGCUUUAUGAGGAGGUGAAAUUAUACAAAAAUGCACGUGAACGUGAAAAGUAUGACAACCAAGCAGAUUUAUAUGCAGUUGUGAAUACGUUGCAGCAUCUUGAAAAAGCUUAUAUCAGAGAUUGCGUUACACCGAAGGAAUAUACAGCUGCAUGUAGCAAACUAUUAGUGCAAUACAGAGCUGCUUUUAAGCAGGUUCAAAGCGAUCAGUUUCCUACAAUUGAUGCUUUUGCCAGAGCUUUCAGACUUGAUUGUCCAGCUGCAUUAGAACGAAUUAAAGAAGACAGACCAAUAACAAUCAAGGAUGAUAAGGGCAACACCUCCAAAUGCAUAGCUGACAUUGUUUCUCUUUUCAUCACUUUGAUGGACAAGCUGCGCCUUGAAAUCAAAGCUAUGGAUCAACUUCAUCCAGACUUGAGAGAUUUAAUGGAUACCAUGAAUAGACUCAGUAUCCUUCCAAGUGAUUUUGAUGGAAAACACAAAGUAGCAGAGUGGCUUCAAACUCUGAAUGACAUGUCAGCAUCUGAUGAAUUAUCAGAAUCACAAGUCAGACAAUUGAUUUUUGACUUGGAAACGUCUUAUAAUGCCUUCAAUAAAGUACUGCACAAUUCAUAAGUGCACAAAGAGACAAUUUUAAUGAAAUGAAUGAUACUUUGAUAUUGAAAUAUGUAUCUGGAUUUUAUAUAUUCAAGGGAUGUUGAAGGAUAACUGAGGUAUUGCAUUUAUUUCCAGUUUGAAAUGCAAUUAAUGCUUAAAAAAAUUAACUUAGUGUAAAUCGUGGAACAUAGCUUGAUAACUCAAAAAACUUGAAAUAAAUGAACUUAUUUAUAUUUGCUUUAAAAGUUAUAAAAAAGAUUGUAGCAAAAAUAGAGUUUCAGUAGAUAAAUGAUUACAAUAUAUUUUGAUCAAACCUUAAACAGUAUUUCAUUUUUGUGAACAAGUUUAAGAACUGUGAUUUCAUCAAAAUGAAUAUAUUUAUAAAAUAACAUUAAUUUAACUCCGUUCUGUAUACACCAUGUAAAAAUUUUUUUAUAUACGAAGCUCAUUAAUAAAUUAUAAUUUU